GUAGAAUGACGAAGGACGAGCACUGGAUGUAUAUAUACAGCAGAGGUAUCAGUGACCAAAUUCCCUUCCAUCUCAUCAAGUCAAUCUUCCUCGCCUAUCACUUCAUCAUCCAAACAUCCAGUCACUCCACUCCUCUAUCACUCUAUCACAAUGAAGGUCACUGCCACCACCUCAGCCGCCAUCAUGGCCCUUACAUCCUCCACCCUGGUCAACGCAAAGGCCUGGACAAUGCACAUUUACAACGACGGCGGUGAUUGGCAAGGCGUCCCCAUUGUAGCUUGGAACGGCCAAUUCGUCGCAGCACUGGGAGAGUUCGACACCACCGCGACCUGCCAGCCCGAAGUCUGGAAUUGCACUGGCAAGAACACCACCAUGAUCUCCGGACUGGACGAGGCCGGCACAGCCAACGACCUCUGGAUGGCAAUCACCCAAGCCGGCGGCCAGAAAGUCUACUGGCACGACGCCCCCAAGGGCACCAACAUUCGCGGAUACUCGUACCCACUCAGCUACACAGCCGCGAGCUACAGUGACGACGCCAGCGUCAUCAAGACCGAUGUCGUGGGCCAGAAAUUCGGCGUCUUGAAUGUUACCACUGGCGGCUUCAGCCCUGACGACGACACGUUGAGAUUGGCAACCAUGGACAGCACGGGCAGAUUCAGCACGACCUUUGCGCUGUGCUCGGCCAAUGUCGCGGACCAAGAUUACUACCGUCUCACUGUUGGUCAGGGCAAAGGGUGUACUCCCAUUGACAUUGAGUUGAGAGAGAGCGAUGUGGAUGCGCCCCAAUUCUACGAUUGCCGCGGUUGCCAAUUCAGAAACAACAGGGAUGAUGAUCCGGUCUGUGAGCGCCCGUUCUGCUUUGAGACGACAUCUAUGUUCACUUGAUUUAUUGACAUCUCUGUGUUGGGGAUCGGAAGGACAUUCACAUGGGAAAACACAGGUUGUUCGUGACAAAGGGGGUUGAAACGAACGGAAUAUAGCUUCGACUUUCAUGUCAACUUACUCCGGCGUUGCAUUGUCGAAGCAGACAAUGUCUCAAUAUUUGAUGUAUAAUCAUAGAAAAAUUUACAGGUCUUUG